UAUCUGGGGGGAGCGCCCCGCGGCGUCCUGCCGCCCCCCGGGGAGGCCAUGGCUGGGGUGGGGGGAGCUGCACGCCUCGGUGCCCGCCGGUGGCUGUCCUCGCGUGCCCCGGCCCCCCGGGUGUGCGUGGUGGGCAGCGGCCCCGCAGGGUUCUACACGGCUCAGCACCUCCUCAAGCACCACGACCUGGCACAAGUGGACAUCUAUGAGAAGCUGCCUGUUCCCUUCGGGCUCGUGCGGUUUGGUGUGGCUCCAGACCACCCUGAAGUGAAGAAUGUCAUCAACACGUUCACGCAGACGGCGCGCUCGGAGCGCUGCGCCUACUACGGGAACGUCGCCGUGGGCAGGGACGUGACGGUGGGGGAGCUGCGGCAGGCCUACCACGCCGUGGUGCUGAGUUACGGUGCUGAAGACAACCGGAUUCUGGGGAUCCCAGGGGAGAACCUCCCCGGGGUUUACUCAGCCCGAGCCUUCGUGGGCUGGUAUAACGGGCUGCCUGAGAACCGGGAUCUGAAUCCUGACCUGAGCUGUGAGACGGCGCUGAUCCUGGGCCAUGGCAAUGUGGCGCUGGAUAUCGCCCGCAUCCUCCUUUCGCCCCUGGAUCUCCUCAGGAAGACAGACAUCACUGACUGCUCCUUGGCAGCUCUUGCCUGCAGCAAGGUGAAGCGCGUGUGGCUGGCUGGGAGAAGGGGACCUCUCCAAGUUGCUUUCACAAUCAAGGAGCUGCGGGAGAUGAUAAACCUGCCUGGUACCCAGCCUGUCCUGAACCCCGCCGACUUCACAGGCCUUGAAAAUGCUGUUAAAGACGCCCCCAGGCCCAGGAAGCGCCUGACGGAGCUGAUGAUCAAAACAGCCCUGCAGAAGCCUGGGGAGAUGGCAGCGCAGGCAGCAGCCGCCCGGCAGUGGGGCCUGAAGUUCCAACGCAGCCCCCAGGAGGUGCUGCCCACCGCCGACGGGAGGCAGGCGAGGGGAGUCCGCAUGGCCCUGACCCGCCUGGAGGGCUCAGGUGAGUCUGCCAAAGCCAUCCCCACUGGAGACGUGGAGGAGCUGGAGUGCGGGCUCGUGCUCAGCAGCAUUGGCUACCGGAGCCUGCCCCUGGACCCAGCAGUGCCCUUCGACACCCAGCGAGGCAUUAUUCCCAACAGCAUGGGCAGAGUGGAAGGUGCCCCAGGUCUGUACUGCAGUGGGUGGGUGAAGAGAGGACCCACAGGCGUGAUCAUCACCACCAUGAAUGACAGCUUUGACACUGCCCAGUCUGUGCUGGAGGAUCUCCGGGGAGGCAUGCUGGAUGUGUCUGUCUCCAGAGAAGGCUUUGGGGCUGUGGGGAGCAUCCUGCGCAGCCGAGGGGUCCAUCCUGUUUCCUUCUCGGACUGGGAGAAGAUAGACGCUGCCGAAGUGGCAAGAGGAAAAGCUGCUGGCAAACCCCGGGAGAAGAUAGUGGAUCCUCAGGAGAUGCUGCAGCUGAUCGGUCACUAAAGCAGCAGGGAUGGGAACGCGGCACUGGUCUGCCCGGUACCAUCCUGGGGUGAUCCCAGCGGGUUCUGGGCAGGACCUGGGGGCACAGGGUUUGUGCUGGGGGGCUGCUGGCUGGUCUGGGGUGAGCCCAGAUGGUGACACUUGAGGCUCUCCAGUAACAAUGAACUCUGUGGUCCUGAAGUGACUCAAAACAGCCGAGGCUGUAGGCUGGCCCCACACCUCCGCAGCCUGGCAGCGAUUCCUGCGCUGGGUCCUGUGCUGAUUCGUGCUCCUUCCAGCGACAGGGAAUCGCCCUGGGCAGGUGAGGGAAGGUGUGCGUGUGGCAGGAGCCUUGGCCAGAUGCUUUUCCCGUGGCAAGUGACAGAGAAACUUCCUUGUGUCUCGCUGCCUCCCCUUUAAGUCUCAAGCCAAAUGGGGUCAUUGCCUUGUCACUCGUGCCUGAGCAGGCUAUUUCUAAUAAUAAUUGUUUUUAAAUAAACCCUUCCAAGGAAGCCAA